AUGGCGAAUAUUUCGACCGCCGUCGUGGAGGACCGCAUCCGCGAGUAUGGCAAGAUGUGGAUGAUUGACGACCUCAUCCGUCUGCGCGGACAGGAUGAGGUCCAGGCCCCUAUCCUCGGCUAUCCCAGGUACGAGGACGAUGCGGCCGAGUACGAGCUCUUCACGGGGAAAGACCUCGAUCGCAUGGUCGACGAGACCUGUCGACUCCUAGUCGCCGCGGGCUUCGAGGUGAACUCCAACAAAACGCUAGCACUAUUUGCGCAUUCGGACUUGUCCUUCGUCGUCACUUUGUUCGCCAUCUUCCGUCUGGGUUGCAAGGCCCUGAUGAUGUCUAUUCGCCUUAGCAAGCCGGCGUGUCUCUUUCUGCUGGAGCGAACUGGAUGUGAUGCCAUGCUACACGGAUCCACAGUAAACAUCAACUCAACCGUAGCCGACUUGAAAGAAGCGCGGCAGAACCUGCAAUUCCUCCCCAUGCCAGCAAGAAAGGACUUUGACAAACCUGGAGUCCCUACCGAGCCGUUUGUGCGACCCAUCCCGGACAAGGAGGCAGAGCAUGUCCAGCCGGUGCUCAUGGGACACUCCUCGGGGUCGACGGGCCUCCCCAAGCCGCUCGCCCUCUCUCAUCGCAGUCUGUUGAACAACGUGUUCUCCGGCACUGGCUGCAAGGCGUUCAACGCAUUACCAUGGUACCACGCCCAUGGCUUGUUCACCUCGAUGGCGGCCAUGUACAUGCGCAAAACGGCCUAUUUGUUCAAUGCGCACCUACCCCUGACGGCGGGUCACCUCGUCUCGGCUCUCAAGGUGGCACAGCCUGAGAUCUGUCAUACCGUGCCAUAUGCAUUGAAGCUGAUGGCCGAGAGCCCCGAGGGAGUCGAGGUCCUCAAAGGAUGCAAGUUCGUCACGGCUGCCGGGGCGCGAACCCCUGAUGAGCUGGGAGACAGUCUGGUUCAGCAGGGUAUUAAGUUUGGCGUCAUCUUCGGCUCAACAGAGGUCGGUCACAUGGGCGAUUCCAUCUACCGUGAGCCUGGCGACGACUCGUGGGUGUACAUCAGGCCGUACGGGAGUCUGCUCAAGCACGUCGUGUUCAAAAAGCUGAACGAAGGCGUCUACGAGUGCGUGUAUCUGAAGUCACAUCCCGCGCUCCUGCCCGUGACCAGCAACUCCGACGAUCCUCCGGGCUCCUAUCACUCACGAGACCUGUUCACCCCGCAUCCGACCAUCGAGAAUGCCUGGAAGUACAUUGCUCGUGAUGACGACCGCAUCACUUUGCUCAACGGGGAGAAGAUCCUGCCCAAUUCUAUGGAGGGCACGGUCCGCCAGAGUCCGUUGGUGCGUGACGCGCUGAUGGUCGGUAAUGAUCGCCUCAUGCCUGGUCUACUUGUAUUCCGCUCGCCGGCCGCGGCAGGACUAUCCGAAGACGAAUUCAUCAGUGCUAUUUCGCCCGAGGUCAAGGCCGCCAACGAGAUCAUGGACGAAUUCGCACGCAUCACCCCUGACAUGAUAGCCUCCAUUCCAGCAGAUACCGAAUAUCCAGUGACAGACAAGAACAACAUCAUCCGAGCAGCCGCAACGGCCAAAUUCGCAGAUAUAAUCACAAGCCUAUACGACAAGGACGGGAAGAGCGGCAAGAACCUUCAGCUCGAUAUCGAGCAAUUGGAACAGUUCAUCGUGAAAGUCUUCCGCGAGCUGGCAGGCGUCGAGCUGCCGGAUCUUGAGUCCGACUUCUUCGCUGCGGGUAUCGACAGCCUGCGAGCUGCGCAAGUUCGCAGGCUGCUGCAGCUGGACCUCGACCUCGGCGGACAGUCUCUCCCUACUAACGCAGUAUACGACGCGGGGACCGCGGCAAAACUCGCAGGAGUCUUGUAUUCUAUGCGGACGGGACAGAAACUCGAAAAUGGGCAUUCGAAUGACGAGAGCGAAAUCUCGAAGAUGGAGAAGCUCAUUGCUGAGUAUGGCCAGUUCGAUAUGCGCAAGCCGGGAGAGCAACCGACACCGGAGAAAGAUGUCGUGAUCCUCACUGGAGCAACUGGAGCACUUGGGGCUCACCUACUCAACCAGCUACUAGACGAUCCCAAGGUGGACAAGGUGUACUGUCUCGUCCGAGGCGCUGACGCCCUAGGCCGAGUUUCAGAAUCCAUGAAAGCACGAGGACUCAGCUUAGAUGGUGAAAACGGCAGCCGAGUCAAUAAGUUGACAGCCCUAACAACCGACAACUUCGGGGCUCCCAACCUCGGACUCUCUUCCGAUGUUUACGCUACACUGCAGAACUCGACAACCCUCAUCAUCCACGCGGCCUGGCCUGUGAACUUCAACAUAUCGCUCGCGAGCUUCACACCACAAAUCGCAGGCCUACGCAACUUGCUGGAUCUGGCACGGAACGUCCCCUUCAGAGACCCAGCGCGUCUUCUCUUCGCAAGUAGCAUCUCGACGGCCUUCCGGACGCCGAUGCCCGGCAGCGUGCCCGAGGCGCCCCUCGCGUCCCUCGAGCACGCCGCGGCGACGGGCUACGGCCGCUCCAAGCUGGUCAGCGAGCGCAUCUGCGACGCCGCCGGUAGGAGUGGUGAGGGCGGCUCGCUGGUCGGCCUGCUGCGCGUCGGCCAGAUCUCGGCCGACAGCGUCCACGGCAUCUGGAACGACAAGGAGCACAUCCCGCUGCUGGUACGCAGCGCGACGGAGCUUGGGGCCCUGCCGCGCCUGCACGGGUACGAGGGCCGCUGCGAGUGGAUGCCGGUCAACACGGUGGCGCGCACGUUCCUGCAGCUCGCGGACACGCUCCUCCGGACAGCUGUAGAGACUGGUGGGGACAACAACAAGAAGGCGGCGUUCUACAACGUCGUGCCGCCGCACGCGUUCUCGUGGAACGACGAGUUCCUGCCCGCGCUGCGCGAGGUCGGGCUGCAGUUCGAGGAGGUCGACGUCGCGGUCUGGCUCGCGAAGUUGCGCAAGCGAGCCGCUGAGCUGGGGGCUGAGGCUGAGGAGAGGCUGCCGGCUUUCAAGCUCGCGGAUUACUAUGAGGAGACGUAUGGUGAUACAGGUGAAAAGGAGAAAGGGGGCUCGGAGCUGAGGUAUGAGAAUGGGAGGGCUUGCGCUGAGAGCGAGGCGCUGAGCGCUUGUCCGCUGUUGUCGGAGGUGGGCAUUGUGCGGAAGAUGGUGGGGCAUUGGCUUAGGGAUGAGGAGGGGUUUGCUGGGAAGUAA